GCGCGGGCUGCGCUCCACCUCCUACCGCCGGGCCGUGGUCAGCGGCGUGGAGCUGGACGGCUCCGCCAACCGCAAGAAGAAGAACAGAAUGUCCCAGCCCAUCCUGAAGGCGGUGGUUGAAGAUAAAGAGAAGUUCUCCAGCCUGGGGAGGAUAAAGAAGAUGCUGAAAGGACAAGGGACGUUUGAUGGGGAAGAAAACGCUGUAUUAUAUCAGAACUAUAAGGAAAAAGCUCUGGACAUAGACUCAGAUGAGGAGUCUGAGCCCCAGGAGCAGAAGCUGGAUGACAAGGUGGUUUUUCACUACAAGCCCCUGAGGUCGACGUGGAGCCAGCUCUCAGUGGUGAAGAAGAAUGGACUGUCAGAAGCCAUCAGCCAGGAGGAGAGGAAAAGGGAGCUGAGCCUCACAAUGACCAAGACAGAAAGCCACCACCUGUUCUCCAACAUCUCAGAUGUCCAUGAAGCCAGCAGGAGGUUCUUUGAGGAGCUGCAGGCCCGGCACCAGAACAACAUUUUCAUCGAUGACAUCAGUGACAUCGUGGCCAGGCACGCGGGCUCCAGCUUCGACCCCUAUGUCAAGUACUGCAGCAACGAGGUGUACCAGCAGCGCACCCUGCAGAGGCUGCUAGGCACCAACCCAGCGUUCAAGGAGGUGCUGUCCCGGAUCGAGGCCCACCAGGACUGCAGGAACCUGCCCAUGAUCUCCUUCCUCAUCCUCCCCAUGCAGAGGGUCACUCGUCUGCCCUUGCUGAUGGAUACUAUUUGCCAGAAAACCCCCAAGGAUUCAGCAAAAUAUGAGAACUGCAAGCAGGCUCUGAAAGAAGUCAGCAAGCUCGUGCGUCUGUGCAACGAGGGCGCCCGCAGGAUGGAGAGGACUGAGAUGAUGUACACCAUCAACUCCCAGCUGGAGUUCAAAAUCAAGCCAUUUCCACUGGUUUCCUCUUCACGGUGGCUGGUGAAGAGGGGGGAGUUAACUGCAUAUGUAGAAGACACUGGACUUUUUUCCAAAAGAACCUCUAAGCAGCAGGUGUACUUCUUCCUCUUCAACGACGUCCUCAUCAUCACCAAGAAGAAGAGCGAGGACAGCUACGCCGUGAGCGGGUACUCGCUGCGGGAGCAGCUGCAGGUGCUGCCCGGCCCCGCCGAGGAGCCCGGCCCCGCCCGCGCCUUCCGGCUCCUGCUCUGCAACCACAACGGGGACAGGGUGGAGAUGCUGCUGCGGGCCGAGACGCUGAGUGACAGAGCUCGCUGGAUCACGGCGCUGCGCCAGGACGGCGACGGGCAGCACACGGACAGGACCACCCUGGCUCAGGUGGAGACCAUCAGGACGUACACAGCCAAGCAGGCCGACGAGCUCUCGCUCCAAGUCGCUGAUGUCGUUCUGGUUUAUCAAAAAGUGAAUGAUGGCUGGUGCGAGGGGGAGCGGCUGCGGGACGGCCGCAGGGGCUGGUUCCCCUCGGAGUGCGCCCGGGAGAUCACCUGCAGAGCCACCCUGGACAGGAACAUGGAGCGCAGGGGCCGCCUGCUGGGGCUGGAAACCAACGUCUAACCUGCCUGCCUCGGCUGGCUGUGCCUGGGGCUGGGACAGCAGAGCCACAGCCAGCAGCACUGGGGACAGCAGAGCCACA